AUGUCGCCACUUACGGCGCUACUCGUGCUCGCAGCAAUCUGUCCUCUCAUAAGUGGUGAACAUCAGAUCGGAGUGUGUAAUCUGGAAUAUUGCACGUGUACUCCCGACGCCCAUCCAUCAUGGAAGAUCGUCAACUGCACUCUCCGGCGCGACCAGAAAAUGGAUAUCUUCGAAGGAGAUCUACCAGAAACCACGACGGACCUGAUAGUCAGUGGCGCCGGGGUUCUCAUGUUCGGAGCAAACUCCUUGUCACGGCUGCGGGAUGCGAGACGAAUUUAUAUAACCGGAGCAGAAAUCGUAUUCCUGAGGGCAUACGCCGCGUCUAACCUGGAUGUAUUAUACCUACACCUGGACGUGGAGAACUGCGAUGUCCUGCGAUUGGAAGAAAAGGCUUUCAUUAACAUCAAAGGACCACUGUCAGUAACGAUCGAAAACUGCGAGACUGUGUCGACGGAGGGUCAAGCUUUCUCGUGGUUGCUUAACAUGAACAUCACCAAUGUCGGUACCCUGCAACUCGGACCCGGAUCCUUCACCCUGGACCCGUCAGCCAGCAACGUUGGCGAGCAUGGGCCUGGGAUGUCGAUCAGGCUGAAAAAUAUUUCCCUGCCCGCCAUUCCUGCUCAGACUUUUGGAUCAUCCGCUGCCGAAAUAGUAUUCGAAAACGUUAAGAUCAAUGAGAUCUUCGCUGGAGCUUUUUCUGCCAACACCUACAACAUUGUGAUGGCUUUAAACUCGUCAGUACAGAACAUCGAUGAAGACGCAUUCUCCCAAAGAUCUCUGAUUAACAACUUGUAUUUCUUCGGUUGCAAAGUCCAACAAAUCGCUUCAAGAGCAGUUCAGUCGGCCAUCGGAAAUCUUAAUAUUUCGUAUACUUUGAUUGAAAAUAUGGACACAGGUGCAAUCAAUAUUACAGUAGCAUCUGUUGUUAUCCGAGACACCGAAUUCAACCAACUUAUGGAGAGAAGCAUAGAACUGUCUUCAUGGAACAAUCUUCAGAUAGAAAGAAAUUCAUUUGAUGAACUUGUCCCUAAUGCUAUAGUAGCUUUGGAUACACUCACACACGAACAAUCUGGUCAUCGCCUUACUUUUAUUGAGAACGAAGUAGAGACUGCACAUCCUAACAGUCUCAAAUUUAUAGGUCAAGCUGAAGCAAAUGGUGCGUACACAGUAGUGUAUAAAGAUAACUACUAUGGAAAAACUUGUUACUGCAAUAUUAGUAACUGGUUGCACGAAGUCUUGGGAACGGAGUCUAGUGAGCCUUACAAGACCGAAAGUCAUUGCACAGUGGACGAGUUUUUAGCUCGAUGUUUCAACGAACCCGAACAAAAUAUUCUGUUCAACAAAUUCCUUGAUUCUGGCAUAUGCCAAAAAGACUCAGUAACAUUUCAUUGUGAAUCUUAUAUGAGAAGAGCUGAUGGAAGUUCAACUGAAAUAAAAAAUCCUAGAUUUCCCCACAAAAAUAAACACGAUCAAAUCAUAAGUGAGCGAGACAAGAAAGUGAUUGGUAUCGUUAUAGUAACUUGUUUGGGUUGUGUCGUGAUAGUUAUGAUCAUCAGUUUUGUUAGAUGGAUGCGCCGUAAGGGAUAUUGCAUUAAUGUAAAAAACUUGCUAAUUUCGUCAAACUCGUCCUGCGGCACGUUUUGCGAGCGCAUGUGCACGUGUGGAGUAGUUACCGGUCUAGAUAAUGCCCGAUCUAUAUCCCGAUUAUCUGUAAAUGAAUAUUCUGAACGUCAUUGUCUAAAUGAACCAACUCGCGUUCAGGACAUUAUUCAAGAAUCUACUCUACAUGACGAAAUUGUUCCGACAGAAGAUAAAACGACGCAGACUUUGCCUGAAGAAUUAACAAAGGAACUUCUAGAAAAUCUUAAAGAACGAUUAGAAAGCCCAGAAAAUUAUGUAGAGGCUCGCGAAACUAUUGAGCACUUGUACGUGCUUACGAAACUUGAAGAAAAUCGCAACGCAAUAGUUCCUAAAUUAAUCAAUGUCGAGGAAAAUAUUUACGAAUUACCAUUCCAAAAUACAACACCUCGCAUUGGUAAGAACAAAAAGCAAAUGAUCAGCAUUGGAACCCGAACACCAUCUCUUGACAAACUCUUGCCGCUGUCACCGUACAAUCGGCAGACUGCUCUAGUUCACGAGUAUUUUGAACCAAAAGAUUUAGCGGUACACCUCUAUGCCGAAAUUGCUAAUAACGAAAAAGAGAAACGCACAUUGCUAGGCAAUAUGCCUGACGUGGUUGCGGAGCAGGCGGUGCCACGUGGUCCAUACCUACGUGCGGUUCGUGAAAAAAUGAAUUCCUCGUCUGGGUCGCAAGUUAGCUCGCCACCUAAGACAUUGAACAACUCGACUGGAUCCCGUGGAAUGUCAACCAUUAAAUCAACAUCGUCUAAUACAUCAGCUAAAAUGAUGAAUCGUCCGUUACCCGAGAAACCCACCUCCCUGGACCCAGGAGAAGGAACGUCGCUACGGCUUGGUUGA